AUGGCAGAUGAGGUGGUUCUACUAGAUCGCUGGCCUAGCCCUUAUUGCAUGAGGGUGAGAAUUGCAUUGGCUUUGAAAGGUGUGAUAUGUGAGAUCAAAGAUGAAGACUUGAGUAAUAAGAGCACUCUAUUGCUACAAAUGAACCCGGUUCAUAAGAAGGUUCCGGUUCUCAUCCACAAUGGAAAACCUAUUUGCGAGUCUCUUAUUAUUGUUGAGUAUAUUGAUCAAGUUUGGAAUGAUAAACCAUCCUUGCUUCCUUCUGACCCUUAUCAAAGGGCUCAUGCUAAGUUUUGGGCUGAUUUUUCUGACAAAAUGGUAUGCCUUUAUUCAAUGAGCCUAUUGACAUCAAAAAGAGAAGAGCUGGAGGUUGCCACAAAGGAAUUCAAAGAAAACCUAAAAUUGUUGGAAGAACAACUAGGAGACAAGCAUUAUUUUGGAGGUGAAGAACUUGGUUUUUUGGAUGUAGCACUUCUUCCAAUUAUAACUGGAUUUAAAAUUAGGGAGAUUUAUGGGAAAUUCAAGAUUGAAGAUGAGUUCCCAAAGCUUUUUGCUUGGGCCAAUAGGUGCCUUCAAAAAGAGAGUGUUUCCAAGUCAAUUCCUGAUCAAGAGAAGAUGUAUGGUUUAAUUGUGGAGAUGAGAAAGAAGUUAGGAGUUAAGUAG